AAGUUGCGGGAAGGUAGGGGUAGGGUCUGCUCUGAAAGAGAGGGUAAGGGGUCCGUCCAUUUGCCGGCUUGCUUCCUCCCCUGGCGGAUCGCGGGAUGACUAGGUGAGCACCGCCUUGCCAGUCUCCACAGCGCUCUCCAGCUCUGCCGCUGCCUGAGACGCCGCCUCCCUUCUCCCUGGAUCCUCUCGGGCUCCACCUGGGUUCCCCUCGGCCGCUGGCGUCGCGCUUCAGGGGGGCGAUGUACGCAGGGCUGCAGGAAGUGGCGUUGGCCUCAGUCUUCCCGCCCGCCUCGUCCUCCAGGUCCUCGGCCGCCUGUCGAGUGUCGUACGCAGCCAGGCUGCCCGGGCCCUCCCCCUGGCCAGAUGGAUCCCUCUGCCCCCAAGCCUCGCGCGGAAACCGCCGGCAAAGACAUAUGGCAUCCAGGAGAAAGAUGUCUUGCCCCUUCUCCAGAUAAUGGGACACUUUGUGAAGCAAGCGUAAAAUCUGUCACAGUGGAUGAAAAUGGGAAGUCCUUUGCAAUCAUCUUAUAUUCAGAUUUUCAAGAAAGAAAAGUACCUCUUAAAAGACUUCAAGAAAUAAAAUCUGUUAAAGAUUGCUCCAGGAAUUUUAUAUUUGAUGAUGAAGAUUUGGAAAAACCUUAUUUCCCAGACCGAAAAUUUCCAUCAUCUGCUGUUGCUUUUCCGUUAUCUGAAGAUGGGGACUCUAUUCCUUAUACUAUUAAUAGGUAUUUGAGAGACUACCAAAGGGAAGGAGCCCAGUUUCUCUAUGCACACUUCAUUCAAGGAAAAGGAUGUAUUCUUGGUGAUGACAUGGGACUUGGAAAAACAGUACAGGUUAUUUCAUUUUUGGCUGCAGUUUUGCAUAAAAAGGGAACUCGUGAAGAUAUUGAAAACAACAUGCCGGAAUUUUUACUAAGAAGUAUGAAAAAGGAGCCUCCUUCUAUAGCAAAAAAAAUGUUCUUAAUAGUUGCUCCUCUUUCUGUCCUCUACAACUGGAGGGAUGAAUUGGACACCUGGGGAUAUUUCAGAGUCACUAUUUUACAUGGUAACAAAAAAGACAAUGAACUGAUUCGUGUAAAGCAAAGGAAAUGUGAAAUUGCUCUAACAACUUAUGAAACACUACGUUUAUGUCUGGAGGAACUUAACAGUUUGGAAUGGUCAGCUGUUAUUGUAGAUGAAGCUCACAGAAUCAAGAAUCCAAAGGCUAGAAUAACAGAAGUUAUGAAAGCUUUGAAAUGUAAUGUCCGCAUUGGUCUCACUGGAACCAUUCUUCAGAACAACAUGAAAGAACUGUGGUGUGUUAUGGACUGGGCUGUGCCAGGACUUUUAGGUAGUAGGAUCCACUUCAAGAAGCAGUUUUCUGACCCCGUAGAACAUGGUCAGAGACACACAGCAACAAAAAGAGAACUAGCCACUGGCCGAAAGGCCAUGCAAAGGCUUGCGAAAAAGAUGUCUGGGUGGUUUCUCAGGCGUACCAAGGCUCUAAUCAAGGAUCAGUUGCCUAAGAAGGAAGACCGGAUGGUAUAUUGUUCUCUGACAGAUUUUCAGAAAGCUGUCUAUCAAACAGUAUUAGAAACAAAAGAUAUGACUUUGAUACUUCAGUCUUCUGAGCCUUGUAGCUGCAGCAGUGGCCGGAAAAGGAGAAAUUGUUGUUACAAGACCAAUUCACAUGGUGAAACAGUGAAAACCUUGUAUUUCAGUUACCUUGCCGUCCUUCAGAAGGUAGCCAACCAUGUUGCACUACUGCAGUCUACUGGCACCUCCAAACACCAGGAAACACUUAUCAAAAGAAUAUGUGAUCAGGUAUUUUCCAAGUUCCCAGAUUUUGUGCAGAAAAGCAAAGGUGCAGCUUUUGAAACCCUAUCUGAUCCAAAAUACAGUGGGAAAAUGAAGGUCCUUCAGCAGCUUUUAAAUCAUUGCAGGAAAAACAAAGAUAAAAUACUUCUUUUCUCCUUUUCCACCAAGUUGCUUGAUGUUCUGCAGCAAUACUGUAUGGCGGCUGGACUUGAUUACCGACGACUUGAUGGAAGUACGAAAUCAGAGGAAAGACUUAAGAUUGUGAAAGAGUUCAACAGUACACAAGAUAUUAACAUUUGCCUAGUAUCCACAAUGGCUGGUGGACUAGGCCUCAAUUUUGUUGGUGCCAAUGUUGUUGUAUUAUUUGAUCCUACUUGGAAUCCAGCCAAUGAUCUUCAAGCAAUUGACAGAGCAUAUAGGAUUGGGCAGUGCAGGGAUGUGAAAGUAUUUAGGCUAAUAUCUUUGGGAACUGUGGAGGAAAUCAUGUACUUACGACAGGUAUACAAACAGCAACUUCACUGUGUGGUGGUUGGAAGUGAAAACGCCAAGCGAUAUUUUGAAGCAGUUCAAGGAUCAAAAGAGCAUCGAGGAGAGCUUUUUGGGGUCUAUAAUCUCUUCAAACUAAGGUCCCAAGGGUCUUGUCUUACAAGGGACAUCCUUGAGAGAGAAGGCAAAGUGGAAGCAGGGAUCAUGACGGCCACAUCAUGGUUGAAAGAGGAGCCUCUGGUACACAAACAAGAAACGUCUAGAGAGACUGACUGUCAAGAACACAGAAGUCUAGAACAACCUGCGGAGUUGCCAACAAAUGAAGCAUGUGAUCUCUGCAGUGAUUUUAGUGAUGAUGAAUCAGUGGGAAGCUCAAGAACAAAGACUGCUAAAAACAAAGCAUCUGACUCAAGUAAAGCUUCGGGUUCUCCUGGACAGCUUACCCUACUCCACUGUGGUUUCUCUAAAUUGUUUGAAACAAAAUACAAAGCAGUUGAGGAUAGUGAUGGAAAUACUGCCUCUGAUGAUGAAAGUUCUGAUGAACAGCCCAUGUGUCUUUCAACAGAAGCCAAAGAUGUUGGUUAUCAGAAGUGUCAUGACUCUCUUGGUACUUCAAAACACCAGAAAUUAGCUAGUAUCCUAAAUCCAAAUGAAAAAUGUAUUUUUGAUAAAAGUGAGAAAAUUUUCAAACAAAAUAUUUCUUCAGAGUCUGGUGAUGAGAAACAUUUUAAAAAUACAGCUGACCACCAUUGCACUUUACCGAAUGUCACAGAAUCAGAAGAUAGUGAUGUCGUCUUUCCUACACAAUAUACGACUCAGAGAUGCCCUAAGAAUGGUAUAAAGUUUAAGCCACUUGUGGAUGGACCUCAAGAUUCUGAAACAGAUAAUCCUGUAAAAAUAAGAAAUAAUGGUGAUGAUAGAAAGACUGAUGUCAAAGGAAAUAGACAAAUUUCAAAACAAUUAAAUCCUGAGAACAUGACCCUGAAAUCUAUUAUGAAAAGAAAAGGCAGUAGUGAUAUUAGUGAUGAGUCUGAUGACAUUGAAAUUUCCUCUGAGUCAAGAGUAAGAAAGCGAAGAACUGCUAGUUCUUUGAGGUUUAAGAGAAAAAAGGAAAAUAAAAAGGAACUUCUCACUUUUCCUAAAACAAUGAAGAAAACAAAUCAACUGUAUGCAGCAGAUGGAGAUUGUAACUCUCAGGCUAUUGAUGAUUUUUCAUCCUCAGAUGAUGAUUUAACUGUUCGCCACAUCAGUUUCUCUAAACAGAGCCAUCCACCAAAAACUAUAAAAGAUAGAAUCAGUUUCUCUUCAAAAUUGCCUAACCAUAAGGAAAAUGGCACUUGUAUGCCAAGAAAAUCAAUGAAAUUUUCAAAUGAGAAAAUUGUCAAUCAAGAGCAGGUGUAUGAGUCAAUGGAUAAAUUUUUAGAUGGUGUUCAAGAAGUGGCUUAUAUUCACUCCAACCAGACUGUGAUUGGAUCUAGCAAAGCUGAAAAUCACAUGAGCCGAUGGGCAGCACGGGAUGUGUUUGAAUUGAAGCAGUUUUCCCAGCUUCCCGCCAAUGUAGCUGUUUGCACUUCUAAGACACAUAAAGAAAAAGUGAAAACAGAUACAUUGACACAUACAAAGGAAGGUCACCAACUAAGUGAAGGAAGUAUUUCAUUUCCCCUUUACAUUUCACACCCUGUAACCCAGAAGAAGAAAAAAGUCUACCGCACAGACCAGACCACCUUCAUAAUUGGGGAAACGCCAAAGGGAAUCCGCAGAAAACAAUUUGAAGAAAUGGCUUCUUAUUUUAACUUGCCUUCUGUAAAGGAAUUUGCUGAACAUAUAACUAAUGCCACAUCAGAAGAACGACAGAAAAUGCUAAAAGACUUUUAUGCUUCUCAGUAUCCAGAGGUAAAAGAAUUUUUUGUGGAUUCUGCUGCAGAACUCAUUAAAUCUUCCCAUCAGAAAAGAGAGAGAGUCAGGAAUAAGUCUGAAAAAAGAGAAUCUCUUAAGAAAGAAAGGCUGUCAGAUUCUGAAACUUUGUCAUUUAAAGAUUCUCCCAAAAAAGUUUCUCAAAUUUGCAGCCCCCAGAAAUAUAAAGAAAAAUCAAUUAAGUUUCAAAAUCAUGGUUUCCAUAGAGAAGAAGUGCUUCCUAAUGAUGGAGAAACUAACAAGUCACCUAUGAACUCUACCCAAGAGACUGACAAUGGGAAAAACAGCCAAGCCUCCAAAGACACUGUAGCAUCCCAUUCCCUGAACACUGAAGUAUAUGAGUUAGAAAAAUUUGAAUAUACCAUGAAAGACCAGCAGGACCUAACAAGAACAGGCAUUUCAAGAAAUGAACCCCUUUUCAAAGUGGAGAACAAAAAGCUAGAAAAUCCAGAGUUAGGAAACACUUCCGUGGUAGGCUUACUUGGUGACACAUCUAUUCUUGAUGACCUCUUUAAAAGUCAUGGGAACAGUCCCACACAGCUGCCAAAGAAAGUUCUUUCAGGGCCCAUGGAAAAAGCAAAACAGAGACCAAAAGAUUUCUGGGACAUCUUGAAUGAACAGAAUGACGACAGUCUUAGCAAACUCACCGACUUGGCAGUGAUAGAGACUCUAUGUGAAAAAGUGCCCCUUGCUGCCUCCUCCAAAAGGAAAGAGGAGCUGGAAACUUCACUUUGGAAAUCAAAUGAUAAAUUUUUGUGGAAAAAAUUUAGCACAAGUGAUACAGAUGAAAACACAACUAAUGCACAAAAGUAACGCAUAAACAUACAAUGAAUUACUCUAACCAGUGAGCUUCUACCCUCCGAAGAUCACAACACUGUGUUCCACACGAAUAAUGAUGUUCCCUUGAACACCAUUGUCAACAUAUGCUUUUAUUCAACUCUUGCUCUAGGGUUGUUUUAGCCUAAAAGGUUAUCGUGUAUUUUUUCCUUGAUAUCUGAUUUGAUCUUUUAAAAGUAUGAUUGUAUUAUAGCGUAAACAUCUUUAUGAAAUAGAAAAGGUCUGAAUUUGUUAUCAGGAGACCCUGGGACAUCUCCCUCACUGAGUAAUUAUGUGCCUGUAGAUAAGUCACUUACCUUGGUGCGCAGGUAUUUCCUAAUAUGAAAGGUGAAGGGCUUGAACUCAAGCAACAUCUGUGUCCUUCUGGAUUAAAAAGGCUUUGGUUUACUUUUCUGGAUUCCAUUAAGUCACAGGGCAAAUUAUGGUCAUCCCCAAAUAUGGUGUACAUUGAUGUGUUUCUCACUAGCAUCUAGAAAAUUCAGUUAACUGUCUUCCUUUACCCAAAGUAUCAUGUAUUAUUACUAAAUUAUGAUAAAGUGUUAACUAGUACUGAAUAUACAAUGUAUUAAAAUAAUAAGUUUAUAACUGCUCAGAUACGAAGGGUCAGUGUUGUAUAACUGUACUAUUUGAGGUUUGACACUGAAGUAAUAAAACUACUACGGAUAGCCACAGAAGGCAAUGCCUCCACUGCUUAGGCAACAGUUAGGAUUUAAUCAGUAUCCAUUAAACUUGGUGUAGUACUUUUGUAUGAAGUAUAGAGAAGUGAAGAGACAGUUCAUUUAAAACUGUUCUAUUUUGUUGAAUUUAAUGUAUGUGGUUUAUAAUCAGCAGAAUGUGCUUACUGUUGAAUUCGUUUCUGUGGAAACACUCACUUGGUCCCCGUGUGUACCAUGCCAGCGGCUCAAGGUGUGCAGGGGAGGUACGGCUACGGGUAAAAGGCGGGAGACCGCAUCUGUGAAGUGCGAGGGCUGUGAAGGCCAGGGCAGCGGAGACCCGAGGUUUCCACUGACUCCAUUCAGACGCGCUGUAGCAGCUGUGCUUCUGUUGAGCUCCGGAUCUACAGGUCAGGAAGAAAAAUAGGAAACAGCGGUGACCCGGAAGUGGUGGCGUGCAGACAGCUGUGGACCCUUGUUGGGUUGAGGGGGCGGGGCCUCCCGAUUACCCGUCUCCGCAGCGCAAAAUCAAUGCAGGGAGAUGGGAAAACCAAACAAAAACAAAGACAGAAAUCUUUUCUCAAGGGGACUGAGUGACCAAAUAUGACUUUCUCUGGGGUGUUGUUGAGGGCUGCAAAAUCUAUUUUACAUUAUGACUCAGUACAUAUGGGUUAAUAGAGAUUGAAACAAAAUAUUCAUGAAAUAAUAUUUACCCAUAAGGCAUGCAGUGUCCUUUGAUAUCUCCAGUUCUGUUGUACUUUUUGGCUCUUACGUCUCUGUGUUUUUUCAUGCUAUCAUAACCCACUAAAUUGAUUUUAUGACCCGUUAAUGAUUAGAAAUCACAGUUUGCAAAUCAUUGUCCCCAUGAAUUAGUCUUUUUUUUUUUUUUUUUUUUUCUAUUUUCAGCUGAGUUGUAUCCAGACUUAGCAGAUGCCGAGUUUCACCACUGGGGUGGUUGCUACAAAAAUCAAUGUAUUGUGUAUCUGUGGUAGACAUAUCAAUGUUGUUCGCCUGCUCUGGGCCUUGCUGUAGGAGGAGCCCAAAGAAGCAAGUAGAAACCUCUUCAUCUCAGUUUAUAUACCAGAUGGGAGAGUUCAGUCAUUUUAAUAAAAGUGGAUAUUUCAUAAAAUAAAAUACCUUUAAAAUUUUUAAUAUAGAUAUGACGUUUGAAUCAUAAAAUGAUAUUCAUACAAUAAAAUGAAAUACUAUUAAAGAGAUUUUUAUCAGUAAAAGUCAAAGUGGGAGCAAAAAUACAGACCUGGAAUUUAAAAACUAGUUAUCAGCAGUUGCCAGUGAAACUCAUCAUGCAGGAACAGCUUGUCAAGAAGAGUACGAGGUGCAGCGUGACCAGAGUACAGGGGUCAGUUGGAAAGUUCCCAGAGGGAAGCUCUAGGGAUCAACUUGCCCUGCCCCAGAGCAAUGGGAAGAGUUGGAUCAGCCACUGAUGAAGCUGGGAACAGACACUGUGAGGGGGGCUGACAGUGAGAAUCCUGCCUAGGCCACCCCAACCAGGUUCUUCAGGAUAAAAAGGUGGCCCCAGGCAAAUCCCAAGGCUUCUUUCAGCCUGUUUCUCCCUCUAAAUUUAAGGUGGGCUGAAUCAGUGGUGUUCAAGCAUUUUUUUUUAAAGCAAUUGAACUCUGCUCUGUCUUAAUUAGAAUUAUUGUU